UUUGUCCUCCGUUUAUGAAUGCAACGAAUGAGUGUUAUUAAAAAUGAUAGCAUUUGGAGGCAAACUGGCUAUAUUGUGAGCUCUAAACUAUUCUAUAUUAUCAACAAGGAAUCAAGGAAAACUCGUAAUUGCUCAAAUCAACCAAACUCUUUGCACAUACGAAGAUACGAGGCCAUAAAAAUCGUCUUUGGAUAUCUCCCAUUGGUGUUCUCGUGGUAGAGUGAUUUGGUCCAGCUUUUGGAUUUUUGACGUGUUUCAUCUUGAACGUUUCUGCCAAAGUUUACUUGGACGAUAGCUGCUGUUUUUAUGGGACUAUCUGAGGGCAUUGAUUUGCCUUUCUUGGAGUUCUUGCUGGUAUUUAUCAUGUUUUAUGUAGGACUCUGAUGUAAUGCAGUUAUCAACAAUGGCCGCUCAUCAAGCCAGUCUUCACUUCUGGCUUUAGUUUUGUGAAAAUUUCCAACAUAUAUAGUGUACAGUUGUCGGAUUUCUCGAGAGGAACACAUUAUCAAGAUUAUCGAGUUGUAUAUACGUCGACAAGAGGUGGUAUUUUGGGGUUAUUAAACGUAUUUUGACACUGUUCUAUGGAGAUACUGCUUUGCGUGAUUGGCGGACAGGCUUGAAAGACUAGAAAUUCAAAACUCCCACCAUUUUUGAAAGCGUUCGUAACUUUGUAUUUGCAAAGGGGAUAACAAGGAUUUCCUGGAAAAUGUUUCAUCCAUUGCACUUUCGAAAAACUGCAAAGGAGUUAGGAAUGGAUGCAGGAUUGUAUGAAAGAGAAUACAAUCAUUUUUUGGCCAAAUUGAAGAAGUUUCACGAAUCUAAAGGAUCGCCUUUUCGAAGGCUGCCAUGGCUUGGAGGACAGUUUUUGGACUUGUACCUUCUUUACAAAAAAGUCACUUCAUUUGGUGGAUGGAUCAAGGUAACAGAAGACAAACGUUGGAGAGACAUUGCUGAAGUUUUCAAUCUGCCUUCUACAUGCACAAAUGCAGCUUUCGCACUCAGACAACACUAUUCAAGAUAUUUAGAGACUUUUGAAAGAAUCAACUUUUUUGGUGAAGAUGCAGAAGAUGUAAUGAGUGGCAGUAGACCACACACUCCUGUUAGUGCUCUUCCCAUUACUAGUCCUUCUGAAUAUGUCAGCCCAUCUCCUGUGGAUAUCACAAGAAAUUUUGAGAAGUUAGUGCUAUCACUACAAUGUGGUUUACCCAAUGAAGUGGACUUUGGUAUCAACAUUUGUAUGCUGUUAUCCAAUGUUAAUAAUUCUGUCUUUAAUCUCACCAAGGUAAUGGAAAAAUAA